AUGCUGUUCAUCAGAACGAGCUACCUGAGCUCAGAACGCGAACUUGUGAUUCUUGAUCUUAUUGUUCAACACAACCCCGUCUGUUUUGCUGUUGAUGUCAUCGUCACGAAGCUUUGA